AUGGGCGACAUACCGGUCGUCGAUGCUCCCUUUCCGCUGACGGACGUCGACAAGUGGGUCCUCUCACAGACCGACGAGGAGUUCAAGGAGCAUGACUGGGAAGAGCUGAAGGAGAUCAUCAAGACCAACAAGCUGGAAGUAUUGAAGCGCAAGCCCUCAGACCUGCGCCGGUACAUGAAGUGGACGGCCGAGACUAAGGCCGAGUAUGGCUCCAUGACCAAAUACCUCCUUGCCAACCGGUUGCCCCAGACCUGGGGCGAGCCGCCAUUCAGCCCCAAGUCGCUCAUUCCCUUUGAGGACCCUUCCGACUACCGAGUUCUCGUCAACGACUGGCCGUAUGGACUCGACCCAGAGAUCACCCACAUCGUGGUCUGGUCUCGUACCAUUAUCCCCACUGAUGCCGAGACGGGAGACAUGACGCCAGAGAGCAGGAACAUCACGCAGAGAUUCGUCGACAGGUACUUUGUCGAGAGCCUCGGCGAGGGCGGAGAGGAUCGAGUUGUCUGGUUCAAGAACUGGGUCGCCCUGCAAAGCGUACGGGCUCUCGAGCAUAUCCACGUCCUUGUGCGAAACGUAGACCCCGAGGUCAUUAAGAAGUGGGCCGAGGAGCAGCCAUGGCAUAGACAGAACUGA